AUGUCAAGACUUUUAAGGCAUGACGAGUUAGGAAUUUAUUGCAGGCAUAGGGAACUCUGGAUGGUAGAAGAAGAUUAUCAAACUAUUCCUCUUAGUCAUAUAUUAAGACCUAUUUCAAUAUGGCUUGAAGAUGUUUCCCGGUCUGAAUCUUAUGAUUUUCAUUUUCACCAUCACCAUUCUUCUGAAUACAUCAUUACACCAAAUACACCGCCUUUGCGUAAUAUGAAAACAUUCAAAUUUAUGAUUGACAUCUAUAAUGAUGAUUUCGGUACUUAUCGCAAUGUCUACCACUCACUAGGAGGCAUCUAUAUACAAAUAGACAACAUGCCUUUGGAAUUAAGGCAACAAUUAAAAAAUCAUUUUAUUGUCGGCUUUGUACCAUUUGGUGGCCAUUUUGAUGAUGCAAUGCGUCCUCUACUUCAGGAACUCCAUCAAUUAGAAAAAGGCGUUGUGAUGAGCAUGAAUAGUGAAUCAGUUUGGGUUAUCGCUUCAAUCAGGCUAGUAACAGCCGACUUACCUCAGGUAGAGAUAGACGGGUUGAGAUGUAUUAUUACAGAUCAACGUCUUCAACCACUUCUUGUAGGGUGGUAUAUAACUGAUGAUUUACAUCCUGAAAACAUAUCUAAUGAAA